UUUCGCAACAGUCUGGAUUUUUGCGCCCCACCGUGGAACAUAUCUUCCAGGUGACGGGAACCUUUCUGCCAGUCUGGGCGAGUCCUAAAGCUUCGAUGAUGCAAUUAAAAUAUGUAUGAAACCCACUGUGAGUUGACAGUUAAACGACACGUGUUGCGGGAACAUAUUAAAUACUCUGGCAACUUGCGGAUUUGCUCAGUCUCUCCGCAGCUCUGCACACGAGUAGUUCACGGGCGCUCCCAAGUUUCUGAUGCCAAGAACUUGUUGACCCGAAGCCAGUCGUCAUGUUGGAUCAAUUUGGGGCUCAGAGCGCCUGUGUGCCUGUAUCCAGCGCGGACCUUAAGCUCAAACUGGCGGAUAACAAAAGCUGCCUGGCCGCAGCAGCAGCAGGGAUGGGGCUGGAGAACGGCACUGGGAGGAAGCUGAUCGAGAUGACUGGACCUGCUUUAUCCAAAAGGAGACUUCUGGUCGGGUUAGACCUCCUCUGCCUCUUCCUGGCUUCCAUCCCUUUCUUUGUGUGUGAGCUGAAGGCAGUGAGUCCUUACAGAAGGGGCUUCAUAUGUGGAGACCCCAGUAUCACCUACCCCUACCUGCACAGGGAGGCCAUACCAGAUGAGUUACUCAUUACUGGAGGCAUUAUCAUCACCGGUCUCGCUAUCGCCCUUGGGGAGUGUUACCGGGUGCGUUUUCGAGGCGUCAGCUCCAAGGCCUUCAUCAGGAACCAGUAUGUGUCUUGUCUGUACAAGGAGCUUGGCUGUUUCCUAUUUGGCUGCUGUGUUUGCCAGUCACUGACCAAUAUGGCCAAGCUGAGUGUGGGCCGGCUGCGACCGCACUUCCUGUCUGUGUGCGGUGUCACAUAUGCAUCACUUAACUGCACGCCAGGAACCUAUGUUGCAACAGUGAACUGCCACCAGCCUGACCACCAGUUAGAGGAGGAGGCCAGGAAAUCCUUCUUCUCUGGCCAUGCUUCCUUUGCGAUGUACACAAUGCUCUAUUUAGCAUUUUACCUGCAGGCGCGAUUGACGUGGCACGGGGCGAGGCUGCUGAGGCCUGUGCUGCAGUUUUUCCUGGUUCUGCUGGCAGUCUACACAGGUCUGACCCGUAUUUCAGACUACAGGCACCACCCGUCUGACGUGCUAACAGGCUACAUACAGGGGGCCCUCACUGCUUACUGGGUGGCCUUCCACAUUUCAUCCAUGUUUAAAACCUCCAGGUCAGCUCUGUCUCCUACUGACAUGUUGGACACCCCCCUGUCACCCCACCAUACUGUCUGCUAAACCUCCUCUCCACUAUCUGUGUGUAGCAACUGGUUUGGACAGACAAGAGAUCUGAAGAAUGUGAGACCAUUUCCUGUGAAGUCAAACCACAUACCUCAGUAUUCAGACAGAGUGUCUAGAGAGAGAGUAGAGCUUCAGAGAAAGACAGUAAGAGAGAGGGUGCUGAAACUACUAUAUAUUGCUCAAGUGUUGUGUGAUCAGCUUGAGUGCUCAACUUUUCAUCAUACUUACCUGUGCUGAUGAGACUGAAUACAGAGCUGCCAGUGCAGUGCUAGACGUUACCUAAAAUAACUUUGUUAAACAAAGUAACUUUGUUAAACAACUUAAAUGAUACUGUAAAUGCACUUUUAGAUUUCCAUGUUAGUGUUAUUAAUUACCACUAUGUAAGGGUUUGGUAGCCCACAUAGUGUUAUGGUAGCCCCCCUCACCAGGAGGGUGAGGGAGGACUGAGGUGGGACUCAAGUUUGCAGACCCAGG